GAUGAUCUCAAGAGCAACGUCGGAGGAGAAUGAAGGGGAAGAUGAGAAAGAGUUGUUUGAUUCUCUGAUGAGGCUUCCAUCUUUGAAGCAACUUCGAACGGCCAUUCUCAUGUCCGCCGUCGAAGACGGCGGCGGCGGCGGAGAUAUGGAGAAACGAAAGCUGAAGUUGGUGGAUGUUCGCAAGCUCACCGAUGGCCAGCGCCGAGAGUUCAUCGAGCAGGCUUUUAAAGUUGCUGACGAAGACAACGAACGGUUUCUAAGGAAGCUCAGAGAAAGAAUUCUGCAGGUUGGAAUCCAGUUGCCGACCGUUGAGGUUCGGUUUGAAAAGCUUAAUGUAGAAGGGGAGUGCCGCAUCGGUAGACGAGCGCUGCCGACGCUCCUCAACACCGCCAUUAACGUCGCCGAUUUGGCCUUCCGCAAAAUCGGCGGAAGCCUCACCAAGCACACCAAGCUCUCCAUCCUCAAAGAUGUCUCCGGCAUCGUCAGGCCCUCUAGGAUGACCCUCUUGCUAGGCCCUCCAGCCUCCGGAAAAACCACUCUUCUUCAAGCUUUAGCUGGAAAUCUGAACUCCAGUCUCAAGGCAAGCGGCGCGGUUACUUACAAUGGGUACAAGUUCGAUGAAUUCGUUCCCCAAAAAUCUGCGGCAUACAUUGGAGAAAACGACGUCCAUGUGCCAAAGAUGACGGUUAGAGAGACUCUUGAUUUCUCUGCUAGGUGCCAAGGCGUAAGAGCUGCUGAAUAUGAACUGCUUAAGGAGCUUUCGAAGAGGGAGAAAGCUGCAGGAAUACUCCCUGACGCCGAAAUUGACCUUUUCAUGAAGGCUACUUCAGUAGAAGGGGUGAAGCAUAGCCUCCAAACAGAAUAUGUUAUUAAGAUACUUGGGUUGGAUAUAUGUGCUGAUACUCUUGUUGGAGAUCAGAUGAGAAGAGGGAUCUCUGGUGGACAGAAGAAGCGGCUCACCACCGGCGAAGUGCUUGUUGGGCCGACAAAAGUACUAUUCAUGGAUGAAACAUCAACUGGAUUAGACAGCUCUACAACUUAUCAGAUUGUGAAGUGCUUACAACAAAUUGUACAUCUAGGGGAGGCCACCGUCCUUAUGUCUCUCCUCCAACCAACACCAGAGACCUUCAAUCUCUUCGAUGAUAUUAUCCUUUUAAGUGAAGGCCAGAUUGUUUACCAAGGUCCACGGGAGUAUGUUCUUGAUUUCUUUGAAUCUUAUGGAUUCCGCUGUCCAGAGCGAAAAAGCGUUGCCGACUUCCUCCAAGAGGUCAUCUCUCACAAGGACCAGGCACAAUCAAGGACGGACCAGGCACAAUAUUGGGCUCAUCAUACCCAACCUCAUCGCUAUAUAACUACCCAAGAGUUUGCUGAUCACUUCCACCGAUUUCAUGUUGGACUCCAUCUAAAAAAUGAGCUCUCAGUUCCCUUUGACAAGACCAUAAAUCACCGUGCUGCUCUCGUCUUGAAGAAGCAUGUUACCCCAUACUCAGAACUCCUAGCUGCCUCCUUUGCAAAAGAAUGGCUCCUCCUCAAGCGAAAUUUAUUUAUCUAUGCCUUCAAGUCUAUCAAGAUCAUUGUUAUGGCAUGCAUUGUAUCAACAGUGUUCUUGAGAACACGGACGCAAGCACACACGGUAUCUGAUAGCUUUGUGUACAAUGGUGCGCUGCUAUUUGGAAUGAUCUGCAACAUAUUCAAUUGUUUUGUAGAAGUAUCUCUGACCAUUGCAAGGCUUCCAAUCUUCUACAAGCAUAGGGAUCUCCUUUUCUAUCCUGCAUGGACCUUCACUCUUCCAUUAGUUUUUAUGAGGAUCCCCAUCUCAGUGUUAGAGUCCACUUUUUGGGUUGUUAUAACAUAUUACCCGGUUGGGUUUGCACCAGAGGCUAGCAGGUUCUUCAAGCAGAUCCUUGUGCUAUUAUUGAUUCAGCAGGUGGCUUUCGGGCUGUUCAGGGCAAUUGCAGGGUUGUGUCGGAGAAUAAUAAUCUCCAACUCUGCAGCAGCUCUAUCACUUCUAUUUUUUUUUAUUGUUGGAGGCUGUUUUCUUCCUAAAGAUUUGAUACCAAAGUACUGGAUGUGGGGUUAUUGGAUCUCACCACUUACAUAUGGAUAUACCGCUCUCACUGUCAAUGAAUUUUUAGCUCCAAGAUGGAUGAAUAGAUCUGCACCUGGUAAAAGCGUAGGCUUGGAAGUGCUAGAAACUAUUGGCGUCUUCCCAGAGAAGAAGUGGUAUUGGAUUGGUGUUGGUGCACUAUUAAUCUUUGUAAUUCUUUUUAAUGUCAUUUUCACUCUUGCACUAACCUAUCUCGGACCCAUUGAAACGCCCCAAGCAGUUAUAUCUGAGGCAAAAGCAAAUAAAGAGACGAGGAAGACAUUAAAGGUUGUGAUAAUGGAUACUGUCAAUGAUUAUUCCCCUCAAGCUUUACCUACAAUUGAUGAGGCUAGUAAAAAAGAAAUGGUGGACUUACAGGUCGAGGAUUAUUCAUCUGAAAGUAUUGAUGCAUCAAGGAGUUGUCUUCCAAAGAUUGGGAUGGUUCUUCCUUUCACACCAUUAACAGUUUCUUUUCAUGAUGUGAAUUACUUUAUCGACAAGCCUCAGGACAUUAAAAACCAAGGGGAGGUUGUGGAUAGGAUCCAAUUGCUGAAGGACAUUACUGGGGCUUUCUGUCCUGGAAACUUGACCGCCCUAAUGGGAGUUAGCGGAGCAGGAAAGACGACCCUAAUGGAUGUUUUGGCAGGAAGAAAGAAUGUUGGUCACAUUAAAGGAGAUAUAAGAAUUUCUGGUUAUCCUAAGAACCAAGCUACAUUUACACGAGUUUUAGGUUACUGCGAACAAAAUGAUAUUCACUCUCCUCAGAUCACUGUGAAUGAAUCCUUGAUAUACUCUGCUUUCCUCCGUCUUCCUAUGAAUGUUAACAAAGAAGAAAAAAUGAAAUUCAUAGAUGAGGUGAUGGAGCUGGUGGAGCUUUCCAAUCUUAAGGAUGCCAUAGUUGGCCUCCCUGGUGUUUCCGGUCUAUCUACAGAACAAAGAAAAAGAUUAACAGUAGCUGUAGAACUCGUUGCGAAUCCAUCAGUCAUCUUCAUGGAUGAGCCAACAACAGGUUUGGAUGCAAAAGCUGCAGCCAUUGUCAUGAGAACUGUGAGGAAUAUAGUUGACACUGGACGAACAAUAGUCUGUACCAUACAUCAACCAAGUAUUGACAUUUUUGAAUCAUUUGAUGAGCUUUUGUUGUUGAAAAGAGGAGGACAGAUCAUAUACUCUGGUCCUCUUGGCCAAAACUCUCAAAAAUUGAUAGAAUAUUUUGAGGCAAUUCCUGGUGUUCCGAAAAUCAAGGAAAAAGAAAAUCCAGCUACGUGGAUGCUGGGCAUAACAUCAAAUGCAGCUAAAGAUGACAAAAAGAUUGAUUUUGCUGAGUACUAUCAAACAUCAAAUUUGUACCAGCUAAAUAGGGAACUUGUUAUUAAUCUAAGCAUACCAGCCCCGGAAUCCGAGGACCUUUACUUUCCCUCCAAAUACUCUCAAACUAUUUACAACCAAUUCAGAAUAUGCUUCUGGAAGCAUUGGUGGACCUAUUGGCGGAGUCCUCACUACAACUUGGUCAGGCUCUCAUUCACCUUUGUAACUUCUCUACUUUUGGGUAGCAUGUUUUGGAAGAUUGGCCAAAAAAGGGAUGAUGCAAAUGACCUUAGAAUUAUUAUCGGUUCAAUGGUAAUAUCAUCACAAUUUAUUGGCAUCAUUAAUGGUUUAACUGUACAACCAGUUAUUUCGACCGAGAGAAUUGUAUUUUAUCGCGAGAGAGGAGCUAGAAUGUACUCUGCUGUACCAUACGCCAUAGCUCAUGUGGUUGUGGAAAUCCCAUAUAUAAUCUUCCAGAGCUUGCAGUUCACAGCGGUAGCAUACUCCAUGAUGAGUUUUGAAUGGAUUGCAGAAAAGUUUUUCUGGUUUUUCUUCAUCUCUUUCUCCACGUUUUUGUACUUCACCUAUUAUGGGAUGCUGACAGUUUCGAUAUCGUCGAAUCAUCAAGUGGCUGCCAUCCUCUCAUCUGCCUUUUAUUCAAUAUUUGCUCUUUUCUCUGGCUUUUACAUUCCUAGACCUAUGAUCGCAAAGGGGUGGAUUUGGUAUUACUGGCUUUGCCCGUUAGCAUGGACAGUUUAUGGGUUAAUUGUGAGCCAAUUUGGUGAUGUGGAUGCAAUAAUUCGGGUGUCGGGGCAGGCCGACCAGCCAAUUAAACUCUAUGUGAAGAACCAUUUUGGUUAUGAUGGAGACUUAAUGGGUGUUGUGGCCGUGGUGUUGGUGAGCUUCUCUGUUCUUUUUGCCUUUAUAUUUGUUUUCUGCAUCCGGGUAUUGAAUUACCAGCGAAGGUGAAGAGCAGCAUUGAUUCUUUUCAAGAGGGUAUUGGAUUUUUUGUAGUUUGUACUUGGAACAAAUGAUAGGCGAUAGUGGUUGGCAUUCUCGGUGUAAGAUCCCAUAGGUCGAGGGUUUGAAUCUCCUUUGGCACAAUUGGCCUUAAGGAGGAGGUACUCGAAUUGUUAGGCAUAUCAGGAGUGGCUGGAGGCUCGUAUAAUAGUG